AUGAAGAGCUAUCAUCCCUCUUCAACUGAUCAUCAUCAGCUUCUUGUUCUGACACUUUUUCUCCUCCUUGUAAUGGUCUCCUCCACCACCCAAUUCUCUAACCCAACUUUGCCGGAAACUUCUUCAAGCCACCGCCGAUGUCAUCACGACCAACCUCUUAUGUGCAAUACAAUCUCCACCGUAUCCCCGCCUCUUAUGUGCUUCAAACUUAAAGGAAUCCGACACUGCCUCCCUCUCCCACCCCCACUCCCACCACCACCAUCACUUGAUGAGAUUGAUCCAAGAUUCGGUGUAGAGAAGAGACUAGUCCCCUCUGGGCCCAACCCUCUUCACAACUGA